CUACUGGCGCGUAAUUACCAUUUCGCUUCUGUGUCUCGCCGAGUUCGCUUAUCCGUUUUCGGCUAUGGAUAAGAAGCCUGUGAACGCCUUUUCAAGUUGCUCUAACACAACUUUUUAUCGUAGAAUACGACGAGUUGAAGAUGAUAUACAGAGAGAAGUGCAAGCAGUUAUGUCAUUACAAGCUGCACGGGAGAUGAUAAGUACUGGACCUACCGCACAAGAUGUGCAUUCUUCGCGCCAUGCCGUGCAGGAACCUUUAACGCACGCAAUAUCCCCUAAUGGUGGAGUCAUUCAUCACAAAUAUGAAUCGGAUGUGCCUUGUGCUUCCUCUUUAUUAAAUAUACGUAUGCAAAUGUUUCAUAAAACGUACUCUUUUAGCCCGUCCAACCAAUUUCUUGCGUCCAGCAGAAUCGGUUACCUUAGAGGAAAUUCUGCGUGACGUGGCUCUGGACGGAAACUUCACUUUGACCCAGAUUAACAUCCUUUUGCGCAAUCUUCGGCGCCUAUAUCCUAACUUACCGGUUGACGCUCGUAGCAUUUUGAAAACACCCCGUCGGUGUCCAGUGAGAUUAAUCAGAGGUGGCAGUUACAUCCAUAUGGGUUUGCAGGACGCCAUACGUGACGUGUUGCGCAGAACGCAUUCACCCCGUCCGUCAUUGCUAAAGUUGCAGAUCCAUAUAGACGGAAUGACCGUGUUCAAAAGCUCGCGCAGACAACUGUGGCCAGUACUUGGAAGGCUGAUAAAUCCGCCAAGCGAUGUGUUUUUAAUUGGUCUUUACAGUGGAUUAUCAAAACCUAUUAAUGUGCAUGAGUUCCUGCGGCCAGUGGUGGAUGAAUUGAAGGAUGUGUUACGCAAAGGUGUCUGCUUGUGUGAUAAUGAUGAUGCUAUAGAUAUCGUGCUGGACUGCGUGAUAGCCGAUGCACCUGCACGAGCAUAUGUUCGGCAGGUGAAACAACAUUCCGGAUAUUUCGCCUGCGAGAAAUGCACAAUAACUGGUUCGCACGUUGAUGGUAGAAUGACCUUCCCUACCGAACCCCAAAGCUCAUUACGUAAUGACAUGGAUUUUAGAACACGAAAACAACCGGAACAUCACAUCGGCGAAUCACCUUUUGAGGCUCUACGGAUUGAUAUGAUAAGUUGUUUCCCACUUGAUUACAUGCACACCUUGUGUCUGGGAGUAACACGGAAGUUAAUAAUGCUUUGGCGUUGCGGCCCAACACGUGGAAACAUACGAUUGCCAUCAAAAUCCAUCGACAUUAUCAAUGAACGACUUCGCAUUUGUUCGGCUAACCUGACGUGCGAGUUUCCGCGCAAAUGUCGCACGUUUGAGGACGUGGAACGUUGGAAGGCCACGGAAUUCAGACAGUUUCUUUUAUACCUGGGCCCCGUAGUUUUGCGCGGCGUGUUGCCCGAAGACCUGUACAAUAAUUUCGUUAUGUUAUCCGUCGCCGCAUACAUUCUGUGCUGCCGUAGGUGGUGUUCACAUUACCUUUCGCAUGCGAAAUCAGUAUUGAAUAAGGUGGUGCGUGACAUCGCGAAGCUGUACGGUGAGAAGGAGGUGGUCUUCAACGUGCACUGUUUAGUGCAUAUGUGCCAGGAUGUCGGGCGCCUCGGACCCAUGGAUAAUUUUUCCGCAUUUCCCUUCGAAUCGUUUCUACGACGGCUUCGAAAGCUCAUAAAUGGCCCGACGUCUGCGACGUCGCAAAUUUUUCGUCGCGUAACGGAGCGAAGGUUAACCAAUGUCACAGAUGAUGGCGGUUGUUUGGACGACACUGGAUCCACCGUAAUUAUGCGUCGUGGUCGGCAACAAACCAGUUUCUUACAUUUCGGUGCGCUGAUUACGAAUGCGCAUCCAAAUAAUGCUGUCAUCGCACGUGGAAGACCUUCGGUAGUGCUGGGCCAGCGUGCUAAUGAGUUAUGUGUGCAGCAUUUCACACAGACUAUGUCGCUGUUCGUAAAAAGUUUGCCGUCCACGGACCUACGUAUUUUUAAAUGUUGGGGUUCCUUAGCUCCACCGACAUGGAUUCCAUUGAGUGCAAUCGGCUGCAAAUGUCUGAGAUUGCCGUGCGAUGAGUACAUUGUAUUUUACCCCAUCGUUCACAGCUGGCGGCACAAGGAUAUGAAGAAACAUCCGACGUAGUUAACAGUCCGUUUUAUACUUUUAACCUGGGUGCGCAAAAUCGUUGUACAACAGUAACGGCGUUGCGCGGUUACUGUUACGUUUUAAGCACCAUGGAAUACACUGCAUGUGCUGCUGCACCUGGUAUCGCAAAUAAAAGUUUCCCCACCGAACACAUUUACCUCUUCUAAUAAGCUCGUAGAAAUGCUGUGCUCUGACCCCUUUUUUCAGAUGUAUCGCGUGGUCGAAUUUCAAGAUUCUUCCGUUGCGGUGGUUCUGUCAUCCUGGAUGAUUAAUAGUGAGGAAGUUCUGUGGGGACGGUUAUCAUCAAAACAGUUACAGGAUUUCCUGAUGCACCGUCUGCCACCACCUGCGUCCGCUGUGACGUACAAAGUACGAAUACACAGUUGUACAGAUGAUUACCUUGAGGCUAAAA